UAAAACAGCGGAUGCUGCUAUCUUCUCCUUUUUUUUCUACUUUUGCAGACGAACAUCUUUUCUUAUUGGUAAAACCGAGCUGGCAACAGCGAUGCUUUUAGUUGAGAAACUCACAGUAGUGGUCUGUUUCCAUAGUUUUGGAUUCUAAAGGAAUAGCUAAAACAAUAAUAAAUUUUGGUCUAGGAGCAUGUAUUUUCUUAACAAUAAACGGUACCAUAAUUAAUUUUUAAAAAAAAGUACGACAGUCUGAAUUUUUUUUAUAUUAGUAAUUUUUUUUUUUAUAUUUCAAUAUUACGAUGCCUGAACUUAAGUUAGAUCGAAACUUGUUAGUGACUGUAGCUGUUCUUUUUGGAAUGUUUUUAUCAACGCACUCUAACUCAGUGAGAAAGCAUGGUAACAACUGGUGCUCAUAUCAGGUAUCGAAACUUGUUCCUUGUAAAGAAGUUAAUGGAACAGAAACCUACAUAGGACAAGAAUUUCAGCGUUGUUGGUAUUGGCCCUACACUGACACAUGUGGCGGCACAUACAGGGUCAUGAAAAGGCCGAAGUACAUCACAACUUACAAACCUAAAACUGAGACUGAAUGGAAAUGCUGUCCAGGAUAUCAUGGCCCAACUUGCUCUCCAGAUUGUUUAAAUUGUUCGAACGGAAAUGGAUCAGCAAGGAAAAACUCUUUAAACACAAAUACAAUUCAUCAGAAAGACAGGGCUGAUAUUGAUCCUGAAACUCCAAAGGAUCGCCCCGCUAUCCCUUCCUACAGACAGAAUUUUAGGAAUCAGAAUCCUAACGAUUGCAAUUGUCCCCGUGGACCACCGGGCUCUCCAGGAAAUUCUGGUCUUAAAGGAGAACCUGGUAAACAAGGUCCAAGGGGUGAACCAGGAGCACCAGGCACUCUCUUUGUGCCAGAAAUUUCAGGUGAUGGUGUUGGUUCUGGACUACCAGGAGCACCAGGACUUCCAGGUCUUGAAGGAAGACCAGGGCCGCCAGGGAGAGAUGGAAUUCCAGGAAUACCAGGACAACCCGGUUCAAAAGGAGAUCCUGGUAGAGAUGGAGAACCUGGACUUGUGGGAUUACAGGGCCCUGCAGGCCCUCCCGGACCCCCCGGUCCACCAGGACUUGGAUCUCGAGGAUCUGAUAUUUUUAUCCCAAGAAAGGGUGAUUUGCCUCCAGACUUAGACUACGAAGAGAAUCUGUCUAUGAUGCAGGUGUUUAUGGAAAAUAUGGAGAGAACUGUACGAGAUGUUGAGAAUCUAGAAGCACGAGUCACAAUUUUAGAAGAAUUACUACCAAAGAUAUUAGAGCAAAAGGAACAGCCUCCUGUUACUACAGAGAUACCUUACUCUUACUGGAGAAAUUCAGAAAAUCUAAACUGAAUGUUUCAAGAAACUGAACGAUGAAACAUUUCGAAAAAUUGUAUACACCAAACUUUUAGCUUCAAAUGACAUCUAAAAUUUGCAGUUUCUUGUGAAUGAUUGUGUUAAAAGCUUCGAUUUAAUAAAACUUAAAAAAAACUUCUAAGAAUAAAUAUAUUUACUUUU